UCCUUGUCAGUUGUGUGAGGAUCAUAAAACAAAGAACAUUGAAGUGAAAAAAAUUGGUUUAUCAAGUUCUGAAAAUGUUGAGAAAAUUGUCUUGUCUAUUGGUAAUAUGUAUCGUCGCAUUCACACAUGGUAAGUGUCAGUCCUCAAUAUAAACGCAUUAUCACUGAUUUUACAAUUUGAUACCGAGGCGGGCAAUCAGACUAGGUCAAAAUAUCACGGCAAAAUUAAUAGCAUGCAUGACGGCGCAGGAGAAAGUGAAGAGUAUUGUAUUAAAAUGCAGUCGUAUACUUCACGGUCAUCGAUCUUGGUUAUAGAUGCUGUAAAAGAUGCAAUCAUAUACUUCACGGAUCUGCGCGCUUGCUUAAUUAUGACGCUGUACGUAGACGAAAUGUAUUAUUCAUGUACUAUUGUACAUAUACUCAGUGUAUAAGUACAUUGUUAAUACGGUUCAAGUGGCUCAGCGAGUCCAAAGGAACUGAACUGUAGAGUUCUUGCUAUAGAUCCAUACAUGACUGAUCGAUAAAGAAGCGCUGUUUGUUUACAAUAUUUGCAUAUUCACCUUGACCGAAUGACCUCUAUAUGAAAACGAUCGAAAAUUCAUUCGAACUUUCACAAAAACGCAGCGAUACACAACCCAUACACGAGUUUUUAUAGUGUUAAAGUGCAUGGUGAUAAGCUUAUCGUCUUAAUAUAUUUGCUUUGGUAACGAUUGGAAGGACUAUUUAUUGCGGAAAAUAUUCUAAUUAACCACGUGAAUUAACUCAUUGGGCUGUUUACUUUAUAUUGCUCAACCAGAACGUCGCAGUCAUGCUGUCAGAUUUGUUUUGUCUUUUCCACAGGAAAUAGCUGUCUCGCGAAGAAACUGAAUGAAUUGAAUCAGUUAAACAUUUCUAGGCCCCCAAAAAACUCCAAAAAACUAACGAAAUGUGAGUUUUGAGAGAGUCUAACUGCUUGCAUGGUCACAGAUGACGAAAUCGGAUCUUCAGACAAUCGCCUUCCGUGACAAUAUUUCUUGGCAAAAAUAAUAGUAUUUCCGCAGUUGACAACAGCGUGUACGAUUUUAAGUGCUUAAAGCACUUAAAAUCUAUAUAAUUAAAUACAACAUGAAAAAGAUAAAAAUGUUCAGUUUAUAUUACAUGUCUAAUUCGUAACAAGAAAAAGUUUUUAACUGUUUAGAAAAGUCGGAUGAAAUUUUUUGGAUUCUGUUGUUUCGGUAGAAGACAAAACAUACUCGCGAGAUUCAGCAGAGAACGCUGCAUGCCAAAUACUGAAUAAACGUAACGCUUUUCACAAACCAAAUACAAUUCUAGUAAUCCUAUGCAACCUUUAUUGAAUUUUCGUGAAUUUCCAGUGACCAAGAUAUGUUAUAAAUGUCUAAACGUUUCAAAUUUUCCAUCUACUAGGUGGUGUAUUGCGCACUACAAAAGUACAUGACGACGACUCGUGUAGUGAAAUGUACGUCAAUUGUACGACAAAUGAGGAUUGUUGUGGCUUCAUGAGAUGUCUAGAUUUUGGUAAGUUAAACGCGAGAGUAUAUGGUAGAAAUCUUAUAUGCUCUACUAAGUCUUUAACUAGUUUAAGGCCCCCGGGCCCACCCCCAUGUUUUUAGAUGAGAAGUUUAUUAGCCCCUUCAGCUAAGCCACACGCCUCUAUAUAUGCCCCUUCACGUGUUUUGCUCGCUGCAGGUUUUGGUAAAAUCGAUAACCCUGUACAAGACCCUCGGGGGGGGGGGUAUAUAAUGCUAGGAACUGUGCAAUAUGAACAAUAGUUUGAAUAUCGAGGUUUGGGUAACUGGGAAAGAGAGAGAGGGAUGAAGUAGGAGGGGUGAAGUAGGAGGGGUGAAGUAGGAGGGGUGAAGUAGGAGGGGUGAAGUAGGAGGGGUGAAGUAGGAGGGGUGAAGUAGGAGGGGACAGAGGGGUGAAGUAGGAGGGGAGAAGUAGGGUGUGGUAUGAGGAAUUGUGCAUCAAUAUAUGAAUAAUAUAAUGGGAAUCAAAUAAUGUAGCCAUAAAGUCGUAGAUGUGACAAAUCGUUUUUCAACAUCAACGUACUAUAUAAUGCAUUGCAUUAAAAUGUGAUUGUUUGUCGUUUAGGUAGUGGUGACCAGUGUAUGUAUGGCACAGACAAUCCUCAGAUAAAGUCAGUGGGACAAGCUGUUCAACCUCCAGUUGAUCUUAUCAAAAACCUUGGUUGUAGUUUGAUUGCACAAACUUGUGAAACGCUGUUGGACUGUUGUGCACCCUACGUUUGUUCUCGUAAGUAUCUUGUCUUGCGAUUGCUGAAACAAAAAUAA